AUGGAAUACCAGCAACUACUUGAAUUAAAGAGGAUGAAGGUUGGUAAGCCAUUCUCUUGUUUCUGUAUCCUUGCUACUACCCAGAAACAAUUCCAAGAUGGUGAAUGAGCAAAGGAUAAAACCACCAGAGGUUCAAGGACACCUAGAUGUAGGAAGAACAGGAUGGCUACUGUUCACCAUGAAGCUUACCAGUCAAAUUCAAGAGCUCCAUCUGGUCAAUUGUCUGACCAACAACAAGGGUUCUAUGAUGGCUUACUGCCACAGUGCCUUUUCCAGCACUCCUGGGACCAGGACAAUCCAAUUUCUGAUGGGACUCAUGAUCACCACAAGAAACUGAAGAUGGACACUCCUGGUGCCUUAGAUGAACACUCCCAGCAGGCCUCACAACCCAGAUGGCCCAGUCCCUCAAGGAAUACCAGCAUCCUUCCCUUGUCUAAUAAAGGACCUCCUGAGUUAUUUCCUAAAGACUGGAGCCCUCCACCAGUGGAAUUCCUGUACUCCAAGCCCCCCAGCCCUAGUCCCUCAUCACCUCCAACUCUCCCACAAGCCUUAGAAAAUAACACUGAGGAUGGUGUAGCCCUUGCUAUGGAAGAGUUAGAGGCAACUUUGGAGCAGGACAGAGAAAUUGCUGAGGUGGUAGAAUCCACAGAGUUGAGUCUAUAUCCAAAAAUAAAAAUUGAAGAGCCUGAGGAUCAUGAGGCUCUAUUAUCCUCUCAGGAUACCCCAUUCCAAAUCCAUUUUGGAAGCCACCUUUCAGUAUCCCCAGAUGAUAUGACUGAGAAGGCCCUGCAUCUGGACUCAGACUCCGAGGAAGCCUUGGUGACAUUGGAGGAACUGUUCCAAAACAUGACAGGUCCUGGUCAGCAGAUGGCAACACCAGCACUUGAGCCCCAUCACUCAGUAAGCAUAAGGGACCUUCCCUCUCUUCAGCCUCCAGGGUUAUCUGCAUGGCUUGACUACAGGACCGCAGAUGGAUAUGUCAAUAGUUUAGAUUACUUGCUACAGGAGAAGAGUCAGACCCUGUGGCGAGAUGAGUGGGAGAAGUCGCUCCUGGGAAGUGACACUGGAAGUCGCCCUCACCUUGUUGCUCUGGAGAACCUUGGAGAUGAAUAUGGAAUACUUACACAUGAGCAUAGGCUGCUAGUGGAGAAAUUCUGUGUGAAGCUCUAUAUGAUCCCAACCCUUCAUCCAGGUGAGAUUGUGUUUUUGUCAAAGAACCACUUCCUGUCCUGCAACCUGGACUGUACCAGUCUGGUCCCUCAGAACAGUCUGGAGGAACUCUUCUUUAGCUUCACAUUUGCACAGCAGCUAUCCUUUCUACGAAGAGGGCUGCUCAGUUAUCUCUAUUUGCAAACUCCCAGCUGCCCUGUCCCAGUUCUCCAGUGGCUAUUUCAGCUACUGACAUGGCCGAUAGAGAUCUCAUCGGAAGCCUUUCACGUCCUGUGGGAUCUCAGUAUGAAUAGAAUCUCCCGGCAAGCAGGGGGAGAUAAUGCCUAUGUCUGGUGCCCAAAACUACAAGAGAUUAUCAUGGCCUUUCAGAGCCUGGGAGCAAGAGGUCCUAACUUGUAUCCCAGAGCAUUUCUUCAGCCUGAGUCCUCUGUCCGUGCUAAGAAGGCCCGUAACAUUUAUGAUGGUCUGGGUUCAAGAGAACAAAAGGCUUCCACACCAGAGAUUGAGCUGGAAACUAGCCUUAACUACAUCUGUAAGUUCCUGACGUUGUGUGUCAUGGCCCGACCGGGUGUUUAUACGGAUGGGGAACUGCUCAGCCUCGUGUACCUGAUAUGCCGAGCCAGUCUGGACAGACAGUUACAGCUGUUACCCAGCACGGACCUCCAGCAGCUCUUGCUCGUAUUACUUGAGGAUGUUAAAGACUGGUCAGAGAAGCUCCCAGAGCUGUGCUGCAUGUUGAGCUGGGUGUCUGAUCACCAUCACAACCUGCUGGCUGCAGUGCAGCUUGUCCUGGACGUUACUACCCGUGGCAGACAGCUUCGAGGUCAACUCAGCCUUGUGAUCAUUGCCCGGUUACUGGGACAGACAGAGGUCCCCCCUCUUUGGAAGGAAAGAGCCCAACUGCCCUUGCUCUGCCAUCUCCUGGGCCUCAUGAAACCAUCUUCCUUAGGGCAAUACUUGGUUGCCUGCUCACCAGCCUUGCAAAACCAGAAGCAGCAGCUAGAAGUCAACACGGAGCUAGAUCAGGAGGUCUGCUAUCUGUGCCAUAGCCUCCUGAAGCUGGCUGGCAUGGUUGUUGGCAGCCAGAACAUCACUACAGACAAGUGGUCCCAGCUGCAAAAGGUGUGCGUGCAGUUGGAGCGACAGGUCACCACCCACAUCCACGAGAGCCCUCAGGCCAUGUAUCGGACCAAACUCAAGGACCUGGCAGCCCAGAUGUACAUCCGCUGGCAGGAACUCCUGAUGCACUGCAGGCCUCAGGACCAGUACUACAAUCCCUGAAAAGAGACCUAAAGUGGAGCUGGGAUGGAGCUGACUCAAGCUUUUUGGCACAGGCAUGAAGACUAACAGAGCAAUUGGCUCAGGGGAAAUGAAGGAGGCAAGGGGGAAGUCAGAGGCCAGAAGAAGACGGGGGUCUCAGACCUCUGGAGUGAGCAUCUGCAGCUUCAGCUGAUAACCCUGCUUCAGUCCCUGACACUCAUGGUGGAAUUCUACUUCCCACUCCCCUGGCCCAACUUUUCUUAUUCUAACUCAGUCUUCUGUUUGCUUACAUGUUUACCUCUUUCAG